AUGCACAUCCCAGUCCAACAAAGUUGUGACGGAGAAAACAUUCUUUACUCAAUAUUCGAGUCAAUAAAUCGUCACGCAACAGGCUUGCCAAUGAGCGCACUACAAUAUUCUUCUUCACCGUCUUCACCUUCAGUUACCACAACACCGCAAUCGCAGUUAUACACUCAGCCGUUAAUGUCCCUGCAACCGCCAUCUUCACAACCAGUAAAGAUGAGCAGUAAUACAUUCGUUCAUAAGCUUUACAAGUACGGUUUUCAUAAAGUUAAUAAAUCACCUCGGGGGCAUCGUACAUUGGCUGAAAAUCAAAUAUGGGAAUUUUCUCACGCAAAGUUUUUACGUGGACGUCCGGAUUUAUUGGACGAUAUUAAAAGAAAAGCUAUGGAGUCAGAAACUUUGCGACGAGAAACUGGAGACUUACAUGCUCAUCUCGCUAUGAUGCAAGUUACUCAAAAUGAGUUAUUGCAACAAAAUAGACAGUUGCAAGAAAACUUUGCAGAGGUAGCGAGAGAAUUAGCAGAAACAAAGAAAAGACAACACCUUCAACAUCUUUGGAUGAAGGGUAUGUUGGAAUUUUUGCAAAACCAAGGGACGCAUAUUCCAUUUGCGUUGCAUUUAGAUAAUUUCGAAAUUAAACCAGAACCCGAACGUCCUCCAAUAUAUAUUACUUCACCAGAGAAUCAUAAUAUAAAUUAUUUGUACAAUAUAACUCAUAAUGGUCUUACAUCACGUCCAUCUUCACCAUUAUCUUCACCAUUGACAGUAAACACCAAUAUAAACACUCAUGGAAGUUCAUCUAGUCAAGCUAGCUCACAUGGUCAAAGUUCAAAUUUGAACAUUCAACUUCCAGGAAGUCCUUUUUUGAAUAACUCUAUAUUGACUGGUCAAAUACCUCCACUUUCUCCUAAUUCAUUUAGUUCUUUUAAUGCGGCAGUAAAUACCCCCUUACCUCCUAGUCCGUCACCAGGUUCGCCAAUGGGACAUCCUUCUGACGAUGAUAUGGAUAGCUCGAUUUACGGCGCAAGUCCUGGCGAAGAGUUUGGAGAAGAUAUUGGCUCCAUCAAAAUUUGGCAGCGUUGGCAACAUGGUCAAUAUGGACCAUUGGACUAG